UGCUAUUUGGCCACUGCGCACUACUUCUCACUGUGCACUACUUUCCGAGCACCCACUGCCUCUGCCAGUAGACUCAGCUGCUCCAUCUUCUUCGUACAGGGCUCAUUAAGGUCGCCUCCUCGCCGCAGUUCAGAAGAUCAUCAUGACUCAAAUUGAGAGCAAUGACACCACUCAAACUGACUACGAGGACAUGCCUGGGGGUCCUGGAGCACCCAUCCCAAUUUCUCAGUUGGUGGGCGUUGCAGGAUUGACUGAACGAGACAUCAAAUUGGUGACAGAGGGCGGUUACCAUACAGUCGAGUCUAUUGCAUACACGCCGCGCAGGCAAUUAGAACAGAUCAAAGGCAUAUCGGAGGCAAAGGCUUCCAAACUAUUGAACGAAGCAAUGAAACUGGUGCCCAUGGGCUUCACGACCGCCACCGAGAUGCAUGCCCGAAGGAGCGACCUGAUCUCGAUAACCACCGGCUCGAAGAACCUGGACCGACUGUUAGGCGGUGGCAUUGAGACGGGCUCCAUCACCGAGAUCUUUGGCGAGUUCCGCACAGGCAAGAGUCAGAUUUGUCACACAAUGGCGGUUACAUGCCAGUUGCCUUUCGAUAUGGGUGGUGGAGAAGGGAAAUGUUUGUACAUCGACACCGAAGGCACCUUUCGACCCAUACGUUUGCUGUCAGUAGCACAGCGAUAUGGCCUCGAAGGCGAAGAGGUGCUUGACAAUGUCGCCUAUGCUCGGGCGUACAAUUCUGAGCAUCAGCUACAACUGCUCCAGCAAGCGUCGCAGAUGAUGUGUGAAACCCGGUUUUCCUUGCUGAUUGUUGAUUCAGCGACUUCGUUGUACCGAACAGAUUACAACGGCAGAGGAGAACUCUCAUCACGACAGUCACACAUGGCCAAGUUCCUGCGCACGCUCCAGAGACUCGCGGACGAGUUUGGCAUCGCCGUGGUCAUCACCAACCAAGUAGUUGCACAAGUGGACGGCGGACCCAGCGCCAUGUUCAACCCAGACCCGAAGAAGCCCAUCGGCGGCAACAUUAUUGCACAUGCCAGCACCACCAGACUAAGCUUGAAGAAAGGUCGAGGCGAGACUCGGAUCUGCAAGAUCUACGACAGUCCAUGUUUGCCUGAGAGCGACACGCUGUUUGCCAUUUAUGACAGUGGAAUUGGCGAUCCUCAACCCAAGGACGACAAGGAAUAAGAAGGGCAAGGUUUAUGUCCACGAUUGAAAAUUCAUGCAUAUGAGCAGGUGGUAUGAUGUACAGCUAUCAGCAGCGGCGCAAGGGAAGUCGUUUAAUGUCUAAGUAUCGCUAGCCAUAGAGCGAGCAUCGAAAGGGGUCAAGAGGCGCACAAUGGUUAUUGGCAAACUGGGCACAAGCGCCGAAUUCCCCCAGAAUGCAACACCCAGCUGAAAGGCGAAGCUAAAGAAUGUCAAGAACGAGUCCCGGGUAACUAUGAAGCAGCAGGCGUGCAUAAGGAUGAAAGUUAAGCAUUGUGGCUGAUGGCUAUCACGGUGGCUCGGGCAAAUGAGAGAGGGGCCUUGUGCGAUGGAUGCCAGCUAAUGAGCCGUGAAAUUUCAGGUUUUGGGAGGAAUGUUACCUGUCGGAGCCCGUCUGUGGCGAGCCAAGGUGGUAGGGGAUCGACGGAGAAGAAUCGUGCUGGUGGCGCUGUAGGGACGGCCUGCCCCGAGAGAUUCGGUAGAGGAGCGCAUCCGAAGCCUACGCCUAUACCCCGAAUAUUGUUCACAGUCCAUAAUGCCAGGUAGGCACGGAGUAUAUGGAAAGGCAAUUAAUUGUACGAG